UUACCAUAAGACUAGAAGUUCAUCAUCGAGGUGAAACAAGGUGUUUCAACUCUCCUAGGUCGAGAAGUAGGGUUUGUUCCACAAUUUACAAUUUAUACAUGGAAAAGAUAGAAAAAACGCAUACAAUUCAUAAAUGUUAACAAUAAGACUACAUAAUAAUGAUAUUUUCUCGCUAAAACAUCACUUAAUAUCCUUAUACCAAUUUGAAGAAUAUAACUAAAACUUACUUUUGCUCUUUUUUUGUAGUGUGUUUACCGUAAAUACUCAACCACUCAUUUAACGUAGUUAGCGUGUAUUGGAGGAUUUGUUGGCACGAUAUAAAUAAAAUAAAUGCAUUAGUAUUGAAUCCCUAACGGUACUGUUUCGCUACUAAUGGGCACUGUUUCAACUCUCCUCUGUUUCAAAUCUCCUCGGUUUCCCCUACUGCAUAAGUAACGAAUGAUAAAUUAAAUAAAAAAAUAUGUUUCAUUCACCAUUCAGUUUAUCGUUACUUUAACUCAUAUAAUUUACAAACUACUAUAUAAGAUACUUCAAUAUUUGUUUUAAAUCGUUUUAUAGCAAACGAUUUUAUGAUUUAUGAUAAUUAAAACUUGGAAUGGAAAAUGUAUUAUUUGACCCACGCACUGUAAGAUUUGUUCCUAUUCGGGUAGUGGAAGCUCAGAUGAAAAUUCACGACUGCAAAAUUUUCACAGUCAAAAUCUUUCGCGGUAAGAAAUUUUGGUAGAUCGUCUUUAGAACUGUCAUUUUUUGUUUUUCCUGGAAUUUGUUCAUGAGAUCUAACGUAUAUCUAAAUAUGUAUACGCAAGAAACAACAACGUGUCGGGUUAUAGUUUUGUCCUGAAAAAGUACGUGGGUUCUGGGCUGAGUGAAUGAAUUGUGAUAGAAGUAAAAUUAUAUAUAAUGCUUAUAUUUCCAUUUAAAAUGGUUGGAACUUGUGACUUUUUCCUUACGUGCUCUUACAAUACAUUCUCCGCUAAUAUUUUCACUCUAAGUAAUUUAUUUUUAAUUUAGCGUAGAAUCAAAACAUGAACAGCCAUAAAGGUAACGCUUCAUGAUGCCAUAACAUCCACCUAAGCCUCAAACGACAAUGUUGCAUGCAAAGGUUGCAUGCAACAAACUGAGCGAUACAUGCUACUUUGUAACACUAAUAAUUAUCGCCAUCAGCCUGGUCUCGCCAUGCCACCACUCGGCGCCCCAUUCCCGAAAGGAUAAACGCAGCGUGUUUUUCGUCAAAUACAACUCCAGCGAACGAAUGCUGAAGGCAGGUUCUGAGAAACCGUCCAUUAAGACCAAGGAAGAGGAUGCCCCUCGCACCAGGCCACACUUUAGUGUGUCUAAAAAUAUGAAUGUUGCUUUCGAUCCCGCAAAGUACACAUGCGACGAGCCGAGCUCAACCGAUUGUAGCAACAAAACAAAUAUUUUUAAGUCGAAAGUAAUCUCCGAAUUUCGCAGGGUACUUAAGGAAUCAUUCGAGGAAAACGAUUUCUACCAUGUAAAAUAUGAGAAGGUGAAAAGUAAAGAAUUGGAAUUUUGUAGACUACGGCGAGCCUCGGUGCGGACCGUAUCCUGGAGGGAUCCACCGUUUGAUUGGAAUGAGAUAGGAAGUUACAUUCCGGUGGGACCGUUAUUCAGCCAAACGAAUGCCACCUGUGCGGUGAUCGCCAGCGCUGGUUCGUUGAAAGGAUCGAAGCUUGGAACAUUCAUUGACCAACAUGAUAUCGUCAUGAGGUUCAACCAUGCGCCUACGAGAAAGUACGAAACAGACGUGGGAUCGAAAACCACCAUACGAGUGGUUAACUCACAGGUAGUGACUAAGCCAGAGUUUAAGCUAUUGACGGCCAAACUGUUUCGAAACAUUUCGAUAGCGGCGUGGGACCCGGGAAAGUUCAACCAAAGUUUGAAUGAUUGGAUCAAAACGCCAGAUUUCAAUCUGUUCGAAAAUUUCAAAAAGUACCACGAGAAAUACCCAGGCUCAAAUUUCCACCUAGUGGAUCCACGCAGCAUCUGGCGAGCGUGGACUGCCCUGCAGGAUAAGACUGAUGUCAAAAUUAUGCGCAAUCCUCCUACUUCUGGUUUCAUCGGAUUGGGACUUUUGAUGCCAGUUUGCCGGUUUGUCGAUAUGAUCGAGUAUAUUCCAAGCAGUCGCAUGAAUGGCCUUUGUCACUACUACGAUUCAGAGAUUAACUCCGUUUGCACUUUUGGCACGUGGCAUCCGCUGGCGGCGGAGAAAUUGUACGUUCUGCGGAUGAACAAUGCAAGUGAUUUUAGCACCUUUCAGCGGGGGAUCGUACGCAUUAGACUGGACAGUGCUGCUUGUUGAUUCGGAAUAGUGCAGGCACAAGUGCUGUCGUCUGCACCCGCCCGAGGAUGGAUGAUCGAGUAAUUGAUACGCGAGAAUGCCAAGGACGGUCGUGAUUUCCCUCCUAAUGCAUGCAAACGCGAAUGUGUGAACGUGUGUGUGUGUUCAAUGCCAUGCUCUGAGUGCAAUUAAUUGUAGGUGUAUCGUGUCUUUUAGAUGCGCCCAUUUCCAUGAUAAAUAUCCAAGAUUACAUCACAGUGAUCCGAUCAAAACAAAUUUAGCUGUCUACUUUUUAUCCAUUAGGGAAGAACUAUAAACACUGAGACUACAGGAACAGUGGAUUAGUAGAAAUAACUCAGAUUUGCAUGAAUGGAAAAUUCAGUUUGAGAAAUUGCAACAAAAGAUUUUGUACAAACUUUCGACAUGGCAAAAGUUUUUUCAUGUAUUCCAAAUAAAUCAUUUUUGAACUAAUCGAGGUAAACAGAAAUUUAUUUCAACACAUCUAAUGAUUAUUUCUGCCACGAUUAUUACUGUUUGGUUUUCCAUAGCAUGUAAUCGAAUUUAGUAACAAUUUUCUUAAAAAAUAUAACGGAUACACUUGU